AUGGUUCUUAAUUUGUUGAGCAAGGAUAUUAUGGUUGUGCUCAGAAAAUUUAAAUUUUUUGGGAAAGAAGAUACGCAUGUGAAGUCCCAAAUUAAGGAUUUCCCUAAAGACCAAGGCACGGAAGUUAAACCAUCUGGUCUUAAGCCAUCAUCUAACGAUAAAUUUGUAGGCUCCAGGAUGUUUGGUAUUCGGGCCCUGAGGGAUUUAAUCAAAGAUAUCAGAGGAGAUACAUCAGGCAAUUAUCGAAAGUUAUUAGUAGCCUUACUGACUCCAAGUGCCCAAUAUAAUGCGAAAUUAAAAUUUAAAGUUACAGGAAAUCCAGCGACCUAUUUUGCUGAAAGAUUGCGUAAAGCUAUGAAGAGAUUAGGGACAAAAGAUAAUGUUUUAAUCAAAAUUAUAACGUCUCGGUCAGAGAUAGAUUUGGAAGACAUUAAAAGCGAAUAUAAUAGGUUAUAUAAAAAGAGUUUAGAGAAAGCUGUCAGGUUUAUUCAUAUUAAUUUUUUCAACGAUAACAGUGGUGAGAUGACUAUUAACAGGUCAAAUUUAAUUCUCCUGUUUUUUGUUUGCAUUCAAAGCCUUAUUCUGUUAAAUGGACAAGAGGCAACAAGAUCUAGGUUCGCCGGAGGUACAAUCGAGCCCGCCCCUAAUUUUAACCCGGAAACCGAUGCUAGAGCCUUAAGGAGCUCCAUAAAAGGAAUCGGCACAAAUGAUAAAAAGUUGAUACGUAUCGUAGCUGGGAGGAACAAUGUUCAAAGACAGCAAAUUAGGCAAGCUUAUAGACAGAUAUAUAAAAGAGAUUUAAUCAAAGAUAUUAAAGGUGACACAACUGGGAAUUAUCAAAAUUUAUUGGUGGCUUUAAUGACCCCACCUAACGACUACGAUGCCCAAUUAAUCAGAAAAUCUAUUAAAGGGCUAGGUACAGAUUUUGAUUUAUUACUGGAAAUCAUGCUAACUCGUUCACCAGAACAAAUAAAUGCCCUACGCGAAGCUUAUAAGCGAUUGUACAAAAAGGAUCUAGCAAAGUCUAUUAAAGGAGAUACACAUGGGAAAGUGGAAGAUUUACUUGUCUUAUUAAGCCAAGGUAAUAGAGAUCAAUCACGGCAAACUGAUCCCGCGGCAGCACUGAGAGAUGCCCAGAGGUUGUACCAAGGAUCCGGGUCUAAGUUAUUAGGGGGAAAUAAUGCUAAAAUAUUUUCGGAUAUAUUAGCCACGAGAAAUUUAGAUCAGCUAAAUUUGAUAUUCGAUCAAUAUAGUCGAUUGACCAAAAUGCCGAUCGAAGAAACCAUUAAAAAAGGAGCAGUUGGGAAAUAUCGCCAAAGCCUGCUUCAAUUAGUGGAAAUUAUUAGAAACCCGCCGACAUAUUUUGCCAAAAGAUUGAAUAGAGCUAUGAAAGGCCUAGGGACAAAAGAUAAAGUUUUAACUAGAAUUAUGGCUUCUCGCUCUGAGAUUGAUUUAGAAGACAUUAAAAACGAAUAUUACAAGUUAUAUAAAAAAACUUUGGAAAAAGCUGUUAGGUUUGCUGGUGGUACGAUUGAGCCUGCUCCAAAUUUUAACCCACAAGCCGACGCUAUUGCACUGAGGAGAGCAAUAAGAGGAAUCGGUACAAAUGACAAAAAGUUAAUAAGUAUCGUAGCUGGCAGAAGCAAUGAUCAAAGACAGCAAAUUAGGCAAGCUUAUAGAGAAAAAUAUAAAAGGCGUGAUUUAAUGAAAGAUAUUAAAGGGGACACGUCAGGUAAUUAUCGUAAAUUAUUGUUAGCCUUAAUGACCCCACUCGCCGAAUACGAUGCGCAAUUAGUCAGACGAUCUAUCAAAGGUUUAGGAACUGAUUUUGAUUUAUUAUUGGAAAUCAUGUUAACGCGCUCACCAGACCAAAUGAAUGCCCUACGUGAGGCGUAUAGACGAUUAUAUAAAAAAGACAUAGCCAAGUCUAUUAAAGGUGAUACUCAUGGAAAAGUGGAAGAUUUAUUAGUCAAAUUAAGCCAAGGUAACAGAGACCAAUCUCGACAAACCGACCCUGCAGCGGCACUUAGAGACGCUGAGCGUUUGUACAAAGAGUCGGGGUCAAAGUUUCUCGGUGGAAAUAAUGCUAAAACAUUUACUGAUAUAUUAGCCACCAGAAAUUUUGCUCAACUUAAUUUGAUAUUCGAUCAAUAUAGCCGACUAACUAAAAAACCAAUCGAAGAGACUAUCAAAAAAGGAACCGUUGGAAAAUAUCGUAAAAGUCUCCUUAGAUUAGUGCGAAUUAUAAGAAACCCACCUACAUAUUUUGCUAAAAGGAUGCAUAGAGCUAUGAAGGGAUUAGGAACCAACAAUAAGGUUUUAACCAGAAUUGUAACAUCUCGUUCUGAGGUAGAUUUGGAAGACAUAAAGAACGAAUAUUACAAGUUGUAUAAAAAGACUUUAGUAAAAGCUGUUAGGGGCGAUGUAAGUGGAAAUUAUAAAAAGCUUUUGGUGGCCGUUAUCAAAGGAAAUCGAAAACCAAUUUUAAAUGGUCGUAAAAUUAUCAUGAACACUUCUGGGUUAUUGAUGCUUGCUAUAUUAUUAUUACAGUUGAAAUCAUAUUUGGUCAAAGCUGGUGGAACUAUCGAGCCCAUACCAAAUUUUAACGCUGAAGCUGAUGCAAAGGCAUUACGAACUGCACUUAAAGGAGCAGGUACCGAUGACAAAAAAUUGAUAAAUAUAAUUCCUAGUCGAACAAAUUUUGAAAGGCAACAGAUAACAAGGGCUUACAAGAGUUUAUUCAAACGAGAUUUGAUCAAUGAUAUUAAAGGUGAUACCAGCGGUGAUUUUGAAAAUAUUUUGGUUGCACUGAUGAUGCCCGCGGCAGAAUACGAUGCUCAACAAAUACGGAAGUCAAUCAAGGGAUUUGGCACGAAUUUUGAUCUGCUGAUCGAAAUUCUCCUAACAAGAUCGCCCAAUCAACUUAAAGCUAUAACUGAAGCAUAUAAGAAAUUGUUUAAAAAGGACAUAGUUAGUGAUAUCAAAGGCGAUACAAAUAGGAAAGUGCAAGAUUUUUUGGUGAAAAUUGCCCAGGCACAGCGGGACUCUUCCAGGCAAACUGAUCCAGCAGCGGCUUUGAGGGAUGCAGAGAAAUUAUUAAAGGGUGGUAUACAACAAUUAUUUGGAACUAAUGAAAAGGCUUUUACUGAUAUAUUGGCCACUAGAAACAUAAAUCAAUUGAAGCUUAUUUUUGAUCAAUAUGAGAGAAUAUCGAAACAAUCAAUCGAGGACGCCAUCAAGAAAGAAACAUCAGGAAAAUAUCAAAAAACCUUAUUGACAUUUGUUGAUAUUAUCAAAAAUCCUGGAAACUAUUUCGCAACAAGAUUACACAGCGCUCUAACAGGAGUUGGAACGAAAGAAUCUGAUUUGACUCGGAUCAUGGUAACUAGAUCAGAAGUUGAUAUGGAAGAAAUUAAAAAUGAAUAUCGUAAAAAGUAUAAAAAAUCAUUGGAGAACGCCAUCAAAGGGGACGUGACAGGUACUUACCAGGAGGUACUAGUUAAAUUAGUUCAGGGUAAUCAAAAGCCAAUCCAAAAAUGACAAACUAUAACUUAAUAAAAUUAUAUGCACUAACUUUAUAAUGAUACAUUUUGUUGAUCACACGUUU